GGCGCUUCGUAUGUUUCUUUUGAUUCAUAACCCCAAGGCUAUUGUCUGUCUUCUACUCAUAUUUUCAGGUCGCGCGUUAGAGUGUAUCCCUCCGAGAGGUGCAAGACAUGCUGACAUUCAUGCCGAUAUUAUCUAACUUGUGCUGUUGAUCGAUCACCAUGCGGCCCUGCCAUCAACGUCAAACGAUGCAUCCGACGUCGACAGGGCGACGUUGCACAUUUGACACUAACAUUCUGGGCGAACUGAUUCUCAGGUAGCCCCAUGCAUAGCCAUGUCAGUAGCAUUGCCUUCUGAACUCGUCGACAGGAUCAUCGAUCAUCUUCAAACCGACAAGCCAUCUCUAUUUGCGUGCUCUCUGGUUUGCAAGCUUUGGCAAGUUCGAAGUCGCUACCACCUCUUCCGGCGAGUGCGCGCAGAUCCAGUGCCCCCCGACGAGGAUAACGGCCCAUGGCAAAUGGUCCCGCCUUUCCCGGAAGACAUAUUGCAUUUGUUCUUUUACACAGAGGAACUCUAUCUAUCUCACUACCACGAUGGUUUCUCUUCGCAAUGGCUGGACGCUACUCUUCGGCAUAUGCCUCGCUUGCAAUCGCUUACCUUAGAUAUUUCGUAUUGGCGCAUGGACGAUACAUCCAUCUCUUUCGUCUAUCCUUCCAUCCAUACGUUGUCACUGCUCCAUGUCAAACUGGGUUAUGAUCAGGAUGAUGAACACGUGUCCCGCAAGCUCUUUCAUAUAUUUCCCUCUCUCCGUCACCUUAGCAUUCUGGGAUACCCUCCAUUCGACGACUUGCACCCCGAUAUUCCGUCAUCAUUUCCUAACUCAUUGUCAUUGGAAUCGUAUUCCGGGGAUGAUGGAAGCAGUGAAAUCUCUAUUUUUUUCCUCCAGCGACUGCGGUUAACCUCCUCGCUUGAUUCGUUGGUUCACUUGGACAUGGGCACCGUCGAAGAUCCUGACUUAGUUUACGCUCUAAAGACUCUUGACCCACGUAUCAAGAAAAACCUCCGCUCUUUUCGUGCCGGAGUGAAUGAUGCACAGCUCACUGAAGGAUGGAGCGCACUGUCACUCCAUGACUUUACUUCACUCACAUCUGUCACCGUCUUGAUGCCCGGAUGGCACAUUCUGGUACCACAUUACCGCGCUUUUCUCUCAUUUUCGACGUCUGUGAAAAAUGUCAUAUUUCAAUUUACGACCCCUCCCUGGCAUUGGUCCGGGGACGCUGCCGAUGCGAAUGUGUGGGAGGAGUUGGAGAAUAUGGCACUCCAGAUGAAGAGCUUACGUUGUCUUGAGUUCACUAUUAACUAUGACGCACGGAUACACCUGUCUUCUUUGCCUAUCACGGCGGUAGAAGCCCAGUUGCGCAGGCAUCUGCCCGUUUUGGAUGAAAGGCAUUUAUUGCGAAUUUGCGGUUCUUCACACUUCCCGUACUUUCCUCAAACUUCACGUUGGCUGGCAUCUUAACUUCAAUGGUCACAUUUUGAAAAAAAAUUCUGAGGUAAAUGUCAAGAUUAGGGUGAGUAGAAGGAAAUGUAUGGAUAAGGUACAAAUAACGUGCUGUAUAUACCAGCUGCCAGCAUACUCAUAACCCUCGAAUUGGCUUGAGAUGGAGACCGUAAACGCCGGUGGGCAAAGGAAUGUAACGCUUCGGAAUACUCAACAUUACUGUAAGAAAGAAACAAGUUUUUUUUUGGCAUUGGCAUGCAUUCUCCGUUAUGUCAGACCCAUCAUUUGACUUAACAGCUGCAUGAGUUAGAACACCUGAUAAUAUUGUCCUGAGGUGUUCUAAUUUGCACAGUU